AUGCAGCGAGGAAAUGCUGCAAGCAAAGCCGCUAGAGGUUUAGAGGCUCAAAAUACUCUGAAUAAAGAAGAGUCUGAAAUAGCUGAACAGUCCAAUGAGGAGAAAAUAAUUGAAACAGUUCCAAGUGAAAGUGAAGGAGAAAAUGAAGAGGAAGAUGAUGAUGAAGAGGAGGAAGAAGAUGAAGAUGAGAAAAAAGAAAAGAGCCUUAUUGUAGAGGGUAAAAGAGAAAAGAAGAAGGUGGAAAGACUGAGCCUGGAAAUUACAUUAAUUAAAAAAGAGCAAGUCCUUACGGAAGGUAAAGGACAGAAGCUGUACGAUAUUGAGCGUAUUCAGUACUUCAUAAAGAAGAAAAAAUGUGAGGAACUCCGACUUUUACACAGGCUGCUUUUUAACAGAGUGGGCACGGUCAAUCUGGUAAAGAAAAAUAUUGGUCAAUUUAAUGGUUUUCCAUUUGAGGAAGGAACUGAACAGUAUAAGAAAAAAGAGGAUAUGCUUAAAAAAUUUAAGAAGAGUGAUUUGAAGAAUAUCUGUGGUGUCCUUGAUCUAGAAAAGUCUGGUGUCAACAGUGAAUUGAUAUCCAAAAUUAUGACCUUCCUUAUGGAGCCGAAGUCUACAGGAAAAUCCUUACCAAAGACAAAAACAAAGUCCCCUAAAGGCGGUAAAAAGGAAAGAAGCAGCUCAGGAUCUGCGCGAAAAUCCAAGAACAGCAAGUCCAAUGUGAUCUUAUCUGAUGAGUCGAGCAGUGAAGAUGAGAAAAAAGAUAAGGAGGAAUCUUCAGGUGAAGAUAAAGAAAGUGAUGAGGAAGAGCCACCAAAGAAGAUUGCUAGAAAGGAAAAGUCAAAGCCAAAAUCAACUCCCAAAAGCAAAAAAGCGGCAAAGGCUGCAAAGGUGAAAAAGGCAGACAGUAGUACAACCAAUAAAAAGAGUCCGAGCAACUCAAAAAAAGAAAAAGCUGUACAAUCAGAAAGUGAAUCUGACAACAGCUCUGAUGAUGAGCCCUUAAUUAAAAAGCUGAAGAAACCACCAACAGAUGAUGAGCUGAGAGAGACUGUGAAAAAGCUAUUGGCCGAUGCGAAUCUGGAAGAAGUCACAAUGAAACAAAUCUGCAAAAAGGUGUAUGAGAGCUAUCCCAGUUAUGAUCUGUCUGCAAGGAAAGAGUUUAUCAAAGCCACAGUAAAAGAGUUAAUUUCGUGAUCACUUUUAUGCAUCGUAAAAUACAUGGACUGUUGGCAUGUUUCUAUGGAUUGCAAGCUCAGAACCUAAAACCAGCAAAUAUGUAUAUGGUUUUUACCACUUCGGGUACAUUAUGUAAUUUUUAAGCAAGUUUGCUAUUGUUUGCUUUUUUAUUAUUAUUAUGUUUAAAUGCUUAUGUAAAUUGCGUAAUUAAAAAAAACUGCUUCUUUUUA